AUGUGGGACGAGGAGUGCAACCACCAUCUUUUCACAGACCAAGCACUAACUCUCACACAGCCGCUUCUAGAUGUAAUAGCAUCAUUUGGCCUGGAGAUGCUGCUUCCUGCAGCCACCCCCACGCUUCAAGCUUCAGGAACGAAGAAUUUUACCCGCCCAGAUAAUGUCUUUGGAUCAGAUUCACUUGAGUGCAGGCUGACUUCCUGCGAUGUAACUCCAGAGCUCCGUCCCCCCAAAACGGACCACUUUCCCAUUUCCACAUCCAUCGAUGUCUCCGUACAUCAUGAGGAGUCCGAGAGAUGUCACAACUUUCGUAAUGUCGACUGGCCGGAAUUUCGUCACACUUUGCAAGAACAGCUUGCCAGUGCCCAUGCACCGACCAGGGAAAUCCAGUCUAUGGAGGACUUCAACUCCAUCCUGACUUCGGUAAUGCAAGCAGUGGAAUACACCAUUGACGUUCAUGUCCCCGUGUCUACUCCUACUCCCUACACGAAAUGA